AUGGGAUUACGGCUAUUUGAGAGAAAAGUGGACCACAAACCCAGCCUCAGGCGGAUCUUGAUGUCCUCAACAAUGGCUCUAGAUGGUCUGUCAACAGAGAUCCUGUUGAACAUACUAGAAUGUCUCACCCCGCUUGAUAUCCUCUGCGCAGUCCGUGCCUCGUCACUUCUAUACCGCACCUUCAACGCCUACAAACACCAUCUAAUCCGACAUGCUCUUCGUGAAUCCAUCCAUCCGACAUGCCGAGCAGACGUCCUUACUGCGCUGGACGCCCAGAAAAUCCCCCGCCUACUCAAAUCUGGCGAGCCCAUUACAAAAGUCAAAUUGGAAUGCUUUUCGCUCUUCUCCAACGACCGCACUCGCCGUCGCCAGAGUCACGAUGAACUUAAAGUAAACACCGACAAUUUGGACACACUUUUCUACCUCCAGGCCGAUAUCGAACGCCUGAUUGAUGCCUACUGUGACUGGACCUUGGGAAAUUUAUCUCACUACCGAGAAAGGCCAGCUCAGUAUCACACAACCACCGGUCACCUAAGAUCCAACCUCUCCCCUACAGAAGUUGGUCGCCUACAACGAGCGUUCUACCGAUGCGAGGUAUACACAAGAUUUCAGCGGGUAUUAAGCCUCCUCGACAAGGGAGGCGCUCUGAACUUCUCACAGAUUGUUUUAAGCUUCGUCUCGCAAUUCACGUUGUAUGAGUUCGAGGAAUUUGUCUGCGUUCAACAGUUCCUCGCACAGUUCAUCAGAUCUCUAUGUGAAAGAGUUGAAGAUGAUUUCUUUUCUCAUCUACUAUCUAGUACUGCUGGUGCCGGCGCCGAGCGGGAGACGGAGCAGGAGAAAAUAAGCCAACUCCUCGAAGACUCUGGCCUUUCCUUCUUCACGAAGUCGUACAGGGAUAAACACCACUCCAGCCACAUGAAAUAUCUGAUAUCAUGUGGUUUACCAUAUAUCCUGCAUAUGAGCCUCAUGGAGCCCCCAAAGCUCAAGCGUGCUAUACUCAAGUCAUACAUGGAUUCGCAGGGGUUCGCAGGGACCGUGUUCUUCUCUCAGGGUGCUUUGGACCUGGAGUCCUGCGAUGAGAAGCAGAGAGAGGUCUUUCUCCGCGGAAAGAUAGUGGACAUACCUGAGGAUAGGCUGGAUGGACCGAACUUGGGUUGGAAAUGGGGAACUAGUUUCCAGGAUUUUGUCAAAUCUGACAGUCCAGCUUUGUACGACCUGCGGGAUCGAGGAUAUGUCUUUUGGGAUCGGGAGAGGCUGCAACAGUCGGGCAUGGUUGAUGAACCAUUUGUGGUCUGUGUAGGAGCUAAUUACCUCCCGUCUGGCCACCAUGGUCCUUUUGUGGGGUUGAGUGUGGCGGAAAGACUUGAUGACUUGAAAUUUGACGCGAAAGCUGUGAGCAAAUGGAAGAGCCUAUAG